AUGGAUUCAGAUGCUAGUCACAUGCUUCAAGCAGCUGUAGAGCAAAUGGAUGACAUUAUUGCUGGAUCAAAAGCUGUGUUACCCAUGGAUAGUUACAGUGAUGUGCCGGUGAGGGUAGGCCCUCCAACAUGCUCGUCCGCUCGCCGUGUUCUCCAGCUGGCUGAGGAGCUGCGGUUUGCUCUGGAAGACCAGACCUGUAAGGAUGCAAAAGAUUCUCUGAGGAAGCAGGUUCCCUCUGCAACAGCUGUUACCCUGUUAGUAUGGCUGGACAAGAACUUGGUGAGCAUUGUCAACCUUCAGUCUCUGGGGAACAAUGAAAGCUGUCAGGAGCGUCUGUCCCGUUUAGAAGGGGACAAAGAGUCUCUCGUGCUACAGGUGAGCGUGCUGACAGACCAGGUCGAGGCACAGGGAGAAAAGAUCCGAGACUUGGAGAGCUCUCUGGAGGAACAUCAGCAAAAGCUCAACUUAACCGAGCAAAUGCUACAACAGGAGUUUUUAAGCAGGACCUCACUGGAGACACAGAAAUUGGAUCUGAUGGAUGAGGUUUCGUAUCUGAAACUAAAGCUGGUUGGCAUGGAAGAGAAGCAGAAUCACAACGUGGAGCGGCAGCACAAAGCUGAGGGCUUGUUGCAAGAGCUCAGACAUCUCAAGAAUAAAGUCGAUGAGCUUGAGGAUGAGAAGUUGCAGUUUGAGAGGAAGCUGAAGACAACAAAGGCAGAGAUAUCCAGUUUGCAGCAGAUCCUGGUAAGCAAGAAUGCUGAGAUUGAAAACCUACAGGCCCAACUACUGUCCAGAGCUCCUGUGUCCAGUGACAGUGCAGAGAGAGAGGAGAUAUACAGGAGGAGGCUGAGCAGCAAACAUCAGGAGUUGCAGAGAUUAAAAACAGGAAUGGAGUCACUGAUUGCAGCUAAUGAUGAAAAGGAUCGGCGCAUUGAGGAACUCACAAUUCUCUUGAGUCAGUGCAGACAGUUCAGGGAUGUGAUGGUUCCAGCCCGAGUUCAUGGAGACAGAGUUCCCUCUGGUAGAUGUGAGGAAGAUCAGAUAAAUGGUGGAUUGAAGAUGAAGGCUUUAACACCAAAAGCUCACACUGAGCUCUGCUCUAGUGCCUCCUCUCCUCUGCUGACAUCUGCCCCUCUAUCUUUUCAAAAGGAGACAGAUUCCAGGUCAGAGACAAAACAACUGUCAAGCAGUAUGGAUGAUUUACAAAGUGGCUCAGAUCAAAAGACGGUACUUGGAGACACAGUAGACGUUGUUGUUUCAGAGGAGAAUCGACAAACAGAUAAUAAAUGUCAGACGUUACCUGUCAACCUCUCUCUCCCAGAGCAAUUGAGAGACAGAGAGAAAAGUGAAACUUCAGUACAGAGAUUGCCGGAGGAAAGCGAAAGUAGAGAUAUUAACCCAACAAGUAAAUAAUUCAAAAAAAGUUUAUUACCUCUUUCAGAAAAGACAGGGAAAACUGAGGACACAACAUCUGCUGAUCUUUCACCAGUAUCAUCUGGGGCAGAUUCAGGUCAUCAGUCUCCUGUCUCACCGGAAAACAUGAAAAACAAGAGCAUCCGCAAACUCUGGGGAAAAAUCAGGAGAACCCAGUCUGGGAGUCUGCAGGGAGAUGAGCUGGAGCCCACUGAGUUUAAGAGGGGAGGAUUCAGAGCCACCGCUGGACCCAGACUGGUUCGCACCCCUGAAUCCGGCCGCUCAAUCCGUGAUAUGAACACACCCUUCGCUAAAUGGACCACAGAGCAGGUGUGUGGCUGGUUGGAGGAUUAUGGUCUAGGUCAAUACGUCAAUCUGGCCAGACAGUGGGUGGAGAGUGGCCAGACGCUCCUCUCUGCUACACCCCAGGAUUUUGAAAAGGAGAUGGGAAUCAAACAUCCUUUACAUAGAAAGAAACUCCAGUUGGCUCUGAGGUCAUUCAGCAAUAAGGCAAUGGAAAAAUCCUCUGAACUGGAUCAUCUCUGGGUAACACGCUGGCUGGAUGACAUUGGACUACCUCAGUACAAAGAUCAGUUCUAUGAGAGCAGAGUGGAUGGGAGGAUGCUUCAGUACUUGACUGUGAAUGAUCUUCUGUUCCUGAAAGUCACAAGUCAGCUACAUCACCUCAGCGUCAAAUGCGCUAUCCAUGUCCUCCAUGCUAACAAGUUUAACCCUCACUGCCUGAGACGCAGGCCUGCAGAUGAGAAUAAGACCUCUCCGUCAGAAGUGGUGCAGUGGUCUAACCACCGUGUGAUGGAGUGGCUGCGGUCAGUGGAUUUAGCCGAAUAUGCACCCAACCUUAGAGGCAGCGGAGUGCACGGUGGCCUCAUAAUUCUAGAGCCUCGUUUUAGUUCAGAGACUUUGGCAAUGCUCCUGAACAUCCCACCUCAGAAGACGCUCCUUAGGAGACAUCUCACCACCAACUUCAAUGCACUGGUUGGUCCCCAGGCACAGCAGGAGAAGCAGGAUUAUGCCAACGCCUCUGGACACACACCCCUUACCACCACUGCCAAAGUGCGGCCAAAGAAGCUUGGGUUCACUCACUUCAGCCACCUGAGGAAGAAGAGACCAGAUGACUCAGCAGAUUACAUAUGUCCCAUGGACAGUCCGGCAACUUCUGCCCUAAAUGGGACCCCUCAUCGGCCUUACGCCAGCUUCAGGGGCCUUAGCCCCAUUUUAGACAGAGACACAGACAGACAAGAGCAGGUUGGGCUUAAGAGCUGAUCUCAUAGCCAGUAACACUGUGCUUGCAGCCAGUAACCCUGCCCUUCAGACCAAUGGCAUCUCUACAAUCAUGCCACUGUUUCUUGAAUCAGGUUGCUAACAAGCACAUUCACUUGAACAUGCUUACACUGACUCUCAAGAGACUAAUAUGUAUGUGCUAAGAACGAGGCUCAAAUGAAUUUCUUCAAAUAGUGAUUCACAAUGAGCUGGUUCGCAUGGGAGGGUGAAAUUAUUUGUAUGAUGGGACAUGUUGAAUUUAUCAUGCAGAUAGCUUUUCAAAAUGCUUAAAGUCAUCUGGGUUUGCUGGUGAUGAUUUUUCAUAUAAUUUUCAUUUGAAGAACCUCUCUCUACAUUCCUCCAGCAUUUGGACAAUGAAGUCAGUAUUGCAUAGACAUAUCGGUAACGUCUGAAUAUACGAUUAUAUCACCCUUUAAAUCUAUUUUUAUGGCUUAUUCUGUCAUACACCUGUCACUUUUAUUCCGUCUCCUCACAAACACACACACACACACACACACACACACACACAUGCUCUCAGCAUUCAAAAGAGAUCUGGAUUUCUCUCAACAAACAUGGUGCUGGCAUCUAGAGAAACUGAUAAUGUGUUUCUGUGUUAAACCUAGUUAAAAUGAACCAGUAACACAUUAUACGCAAAACAAUAAAGCAUGUUAAUUCAGAGUUUAAAGCUAUUUAUUUUUUAUUAUGUGCUUUCGUUAGUAAUAUGUGUUAGGCACUUUAAGAUUGUAGAGGCUCUAUAAUGAAAUAAGUGUAAGGUGUAAUUAGCUCUAACUUGCCUCGGGAAAAGUGUGUCUUUGGAUAUCUGUUCAAAUUAUUUUCCAAACAGCUCUUUUUUCCUCAUAUCAGAUAUUAAAAUAAUACCUUAUG